CUGUCAUGGAGCGGGAGACACAGCUAAACUCGGAUCGAUGUUAAAACCUCAAACAUCGGCCAAGCCGUCCAUCGACCUGCUGGCCCAGGCGCCCACGAUGGACAAUAAUCGCCUGGAGAAGCUGGUGAAGAAUUUCGUGCACGAAGACAAAGCCCGACUGGCCGCGGCCGCGGCCGCGGCCGCCUGCACUUCCAAACCGAUGCCAAACAGUAUUCAGUACGCCCUGCAGAAGUUCGAGAAGGGAUCUGUGGUGGAAAAUGGAUACGCGCCGAAGAAACCCGCACCCAGCACGGUCAAGAAGGUUCCUGGAUAUCAGUCGACGACUACCGUUGAACAG